AUGCCACCAAAGAAGAUGCGAGAGGUAGUGCCGCCGGUGAACACAAGUUGUAAAAAAUGCAGUUUCCCGGACAAUAGCAGGAUGGUACAAUGCGACGACUGUAACGAUUGGUACCACUACGACUGCGUACAGGUGGAUGACGAAGUUUCCGAUUACGAUUGGAGCUGUGACGAUUGCGUGACUAAAAAAGCCCAGCCGGCAGGAACUUCGACACCUGUUUCUCCUAGCAAACAGGAGCCAAUUGUAGAUAAAGCGAUACUUACUGGUCGCAGAGCCAAUGUAGCAGAAACCGGAGAUAAUGCAAGUAACUUUGUUACCAGAGAUACGGAAAUUACACCACCAUCCGCUGACAAUGUAGAAAACGUUAAACUUCGACGAGAUAUCGAAGAGCUGCGUCACUUGUUCGAAGCACAACGUAUUAAAUUCGCGCAACAUAUCGGUAUGCUAGAAGAUCAAAAAAACACUAUAAUCCACAACGAACUCUCAAGGCUUCAAGUACAAUGGAACGAACGUGAGAGCCAACUCCAGAAAGAGAUAGAUAAUCUUAAAGGUCAGGGCCUGCCUGCUAAUACGCAACAGAAUGAGACAGUAAAAUCAAAUGCGAGUGCAUCAUCGAAACGCACAAUCAAAGACCGAAAACGACGUUUGGCGGCUCUGAAAGAGCGGCAAGCACUGGAAAGAAAGCAUCUCGAAGAGCAACUCAAGCUGAGUGACGAAUUAAACAGUUACAGCGAAAAUGAAAAUACCGAUGAAGAUGAACAUGAUUCUGGCAGCAAGCAGAAAAUAGAUGAGUGGCUGAGAGAUCAAAGUUGUUCAUAUACAUCCGGAGCUAGUAAUGAUACUCUAUCCGUGACUUUAAACGAAACAACGGAAAACGACCACCGCACGACAAGAGAUUCAUCUCAAGUCAAUCGAAUCCCUACAAAGUAUCAGCUAGCAGCUCGUCAAGCUGUGCCCAAGGAACUGCCUACCUUUUCUGGUGAACCUGAGGACUGGCCUUUAUUCCAUGCAACGUUCGAAAGUAGUACAACCAUGUGUGGAUACAGCAACGAAGAAAAUAUGUUUCGUCUAAGACGCUGUUUAAAGGACAAAGCUCUCGAUGCAACGAGAAGCCUACUUUUGUAUCCAGGCAAUGUAGGUACGGUAAUGAGCACUCUUCGAACUUUAUUUGGGCGACCGAAUCUUAUAAUUGGGGCGAUGAUUCAGAAGAUACGGAAUCAACCGACACUAAAAAUCGAGAAAUUAAAUACAAUGAUUGAUUUCGGUAUUUCAGUACAGAACUUAUGCGCAACCAUACAAGCCUGCGAGCUUGAUGAAUACUACUACAACGUGACGCUGCUCCAGGAGCUCGAAGACAAGCUUCCACCAACAAUCAAGCUUAGUUGGGCGUUAACGCGCAAACCUCUUCAGAAAGUAAAAAUUACGGAUUUCAAUGAAUGGCUUAAAACCAUUGUUGAAGCUGCCUGUGAAAUUACAACCCCAGAUCUAUCUGCCGUAUGCGUCGGGAAAACUGAUAAAAAGAAAAUCCAAGGAUUCCUAAACGUCCACUCCGAGUACUCGUCCGAGGAAACGUUCAAAACAGCUAAUCCAGUCUGUGUGGUCUGCCACGAAGACUGUGAGUCGGUUGCGAACUGCAAACGAUUUCGCGCUAUGACCGUGGACGCGCGAUGGAAAACUUUGAGAGCUAAUAAACUUUGCCGUAGAUGUCUUAAAAGGCAUUUCUCGUCAUGUCAUGUCAGAGAUCCAUGUGGACAAAACGGAUGCCUGUUUCUACAUCAUAGACUCCUUCACAACGAAAAUAAGCAUAAAGAUUCAGGACCUUCGCCACCGUCACCACCUACAGACAAUCAUUGUUGCAAUGUUCAUCGUAGUGGUGUAGGACUUGUUUUCUUUCGUUACGUGCCGGUAAUUAUACACGGAAAAGGUAUAUCGAUUGAGACGUUCGCGUUCUUAGACGAUGGAUCAUCAUCAACCCUGAUAGAACAAGAACUUUAUAAUGAGCUAGGACUGGAAGGUUCCCCUCAACCACUUUGUUUAAACUGGACAGGUGGAACAAGUAGAUGGGAAAGGAACUCGGUUAAGCUAACUGCCGAAAUAUCCAGUGUGCACAACCCUGACAAACGUUUUUGCCUGCGCGAUAUUCAUACAGUUGGAGAGCUUAAUCUUCCAGAGCAGUCACUGUCGAUUGAAAAUUUGGCUAAGAAAUAUAAGCACCUGAUAGGACUUCCGAUCCGCUCAUAUGCAAGAAUCACACCAAAAAUACUGAUAGGCAUGAACAACUGUCGGCUCGGCCACGUACUGGACAGUAGAGAAGGCAAUGAAAUUGAGCCAUCGGCUGCUAAAACUAGGCUGGGUUGGAUUGUGUACGGCCCAUGUUCUAGCUCAAGUGAUUCCAGUUUAAUUAAACCUGUAUCCCAUAGUUCAUAUCAUAUUUGCGAAUGUAAUAAAAAUAAUGAUGACGCUUUACACUCAGCGGUCAAAGAGUAUUUUGCCUUAGACAGUAUGGGAGUUAUUUCACCUCGAAAAAUCCUGCAAUCAAAAGAGGACGAACGCGCCCUAUACCUUCUUCAACAGUGCACUAGGCUUAAGAAUGGCAAAAAUGAGAGCGGUUUACUUUGGAAAUACGACGACAUUCGUUUGCCAAACUCAAGAGAAAUGGCACUAUCAAGAACGAAAUGUCUCGAAAAACGUAUGACUCGCGAACCAGAACUCGCGCAUUUGCUCAGGUCCAAAAUUAUUGAUUACGAAAAUAGCGGCUAUAUAAGAGAAUUAACCCCUCAAGAGCUAACGAUACCGCGACCGAGAGUAUGGUAUCUCCCAAUAUUUCCCGUCAUCAAUCCAAACAAGCCAGGCAAGAUUCGCAUUGUUUGGGAUGCGGCAGCUAAAGUUCGAGGAGUAUCUCUCAACUCUCAACUUUUAAAAGGUCCUGACUUACUGAACUCCUUAGUUUCAGUACUAUUCAAGUUUCGAGAGUAUAAAAUUGCUAUUACGGGGGACAUAAGAGAGAUGUUUCAUCAAGUGAAGAUGAGUGAAAAUGAUCAACAUUGUCAGAGAUUUUUUUGGCCCACUGAAAAGGGAGAGUUUCGCGAAUACAUUAUGACGGUGCUAAGCUUUGGGGCUACAUGUUCUCCGUCAACGACUGAAUACUGCAUGAACCUCAAUGCCGAAAGAUUCGCAAAUAAAUUUCCAGAUGCUUUCGAGGCUAUUACGAAGCAACACUAUGUUGAUGAUAUGCUAGCGAGUGUGGAACGAGUCGAGGAAGCAAUUGAUUUAGCGAGAAACGUCCACUACAUCCAUUCGCAGGCGGGGUUCGAGAUAAGAAAUUGGCACUCGAAUUCCGAUUACGUUUUAAAAAAACUGGGAACGGUCUAUUCCGAAGAGAAAAGUCUUAACAUAAACGCAGACACCUCUUUUGAAAAGAUACUUGGCAUGUGGUGGAAUACGAAAACAGACUGUUUUACUUUCAAAGUGUCACCGCGACACGAUAGCGAUUUACUUUCGGGACGGAAAGCUCCCACUAAGCGCGAGACUCUUCGAACUCUAAUGACUAUUUUCGACCCUUUAGGGUUAAUUGCCAAUUUUUUGAUGUAUUUGAAAGUGCUAAUUCAGGAAGUGUGGCGGUCUGGUCUGGGAUGGGACGACGAAAUAAGCGGCAUACUUCUACACAAGUGGAGACUAUGGCUUCGAGUGCUCCCAGAAGUACCACAAGUCUCUGUUCCUAGGUGCUACCGCAAAUGCACUUCCGCGUCUGAUGAUACUAACAUGAUUGAGCUUCACACCUUUGUGGAUGCGAGCGAAAACGGCUACGCCGCAGUAUCGUAUUUCAGGUUUCAUGAAGGCGAUAAUGUAGAAUGCGCAAUCGCUGGAGCAAAAACUCGUGUAGCACCUUUAAAGUUCGUUACUAUACCUCGUCUUGAACUGCAGGCAGCAGUAUUAGGAGCACGUCUGGCUAAAACCAUCGCAGAGCAACACAAACGAACGAUUGUAAGGCGCUACUUUUAUACAGACUCGAAGGAUGUCAUGCAUUGGUUAAACUCGGACCAUCGACGUUACAGCCAGUUUGUGGCCGCACGAGUUAGCGAAAUACUCGAAUCCACCAUUACAUGCGAAUGGUAUUGGCUUUCGACGAAAUUGAAUGUGGCAGACGAAGGUACAAAAUGGCAAAAGUUGCCCGACCUUUCACCGAACAGUCGCUGGUUUAAAGGCCCCGAUUUCAUGUGGACAAAAACCGUUAAUUGGUCAAUACAUAACAACGGUUUUGGAUCAACAACUGAAGAGUUACGUCCUAGUAUUUUCCACCACACAGUGAGCGCUCCAGUAAUCUCGUGGGAACGUUACUCGAGUUGGAAUCGAUUGCUGCGCGCGGUUGCGUGGGCAAAACGAUACGUAGUAAAUCUUCAUAGCAAAGUGAGACACAAGCAACUACAAUAUGAGCCUCUAUCGAGUGAAGAACUACAGGGUGCUGAAGCUUGCAUCUAUCAAUUAGCCCAGAAGGAAAUAUAUCCCGAAGAUUAUUUGUUUGCCUCCCCUUCUUUCAAGUUAAAUGCGUACGAACGUCACGUCGCAAAAGGUCAACUGUACAAGUUACGUCCAAUAAUGGACGAAAGACAAGUCUUGCGUAUCCCAGGACGAAUAGAUGAGUGCAAGUUCGUUAGCGAAACGGUGAAGAACCCUAUAUUGUUGCCCAGACAGCAUUACAUUACAACGCUUAUAGUAGACGAAUUUCAUAAGCGUUAUCACCAUCAAAACCAUCAAACAGUGUUGAACGAGCUGAAACAAAAGUUCUACAUUCCUAGAGUACGCACUCUGUAUACUCGUAUAAGACGGAACUGUCAGCUAUGCAAAAUACGAAACGCGAUGCCGCAACCUCCAAUGAUGAGUAACCUUCCAGCGGCUAGAUUGGCUGUUUACGCGAGACCCUUCUCAUUCAUAGGUAUAGACUAUUUUGGACCGCAACAAGUAGUAUUAGGACGACGAGUAGAAAAACGCUGGGGAGUACUAAUAACGUGUCUCACUGUUCGAGCCAUCCAUAUCGAAAUAGCCCACUCUCUUACGACAGACUCCUGCAUCAUGGCAAUUCGUAAUUUUAUGUCAAGAAGAGGAAUACCACUGGAAAUUUACAGCGAUCGAGGAACGAAUUUCAUCGGUGCUAAACGAGAACUCAAGGAAGCCUUAAAAACAGUAGACCAGGAUCGAAUGGUGAAAGUCUUCACAACGUGUUCAACGCGUUGGGUAUUCAACCCCCCCGCCUCGCCGCAUAUGGGAGGCAGUUGGGAACGGCUGAUACAAUCCGUUAAAAAAGGACUCGAACAGAUCAAACCUCAAAGGUUACCAACGGAUGAAAUAUUUCGGAAUCUGUUAAUGGAAGUUGAAAUGGUCGUAAAUUCUAGACCAUUAACUUAUGUUCCUCUCGAUAAUGAGUAUUCAUCAGCCUUGACGCCAAACCAUUUCCUUUUUGGGACAUCGAACGGUGUGAAGCCCUUUGUGUUAUUCGACGAUAGUGUAAACACAUUACGAAAAAAUUGGAAAAUGUCUCAAGUAUACGCAAACAUUUUUUGGAAACGCUGGCUCAGCGAAUAUCUUCCUAGUAUUACACGUAGAACGAAAUGGUUUCUGCCAGUAAAACCUAUUCAGGAAGGCGAUAUUGUAAUAAUCGUGGAUCCCGUAUUACCACGAAGCUGCUGGCCAAAAGGUCGAGUGCUAUCCGUUUCACAAUCUAAGGAUGGCCAAGUACGCAGCGCAGUAGUUCAAACAUCAGUGGGUGUAAUGGAGCGACCCGCGGUUAAGAUUGCAGUACUGGACAUCGUGGCAACUUAG